UGGAGAUCCAAAGUCCGGACUCAAGUCACCGAGAGCUAAAUGGAUAGCCAGCCAGUAGUUGCUUGUUACCAUUCGCCAGUCGCAGUUGGGAUGGCCAUAGACCCCGGGUAAAGGCCAUACUCUGUGCCCGACGAUGCGAAGGUCAAGGCGAAGAUGAUCGCUGCGUCUGCCAAGGAUGCUAUCCGCCGGAGUCUAGUGGGAAUCGCAACGAAGAUCCGGAGGACAGAGUUCAGCGAAGUGGCCCACGAAGCCGGUAAUCCUGGACAACGCCGGCCGCGGCUCCUGAUCAUGCAUGCUCGUUGAUUGGAUUCCUUUUGCAAGCCGACUAUCGAUCGGUUCAGUACGCGAAGUCAGACAUUGAGCCGUCCUCUGUGCCGUCUAUCUUCACCGAUUCUGCUCUUAAAAACCUUUCACGAGAGCUCUGACGGCGGCUGGAUCUUGC